AUGGCGGAAGAAGCAAGUCGCCUGCGUGGUCUUCACGCCGAUGUGCGGAACCAGGAUGACCUUGAACGAGACAUUACUCGCCAGGCUGAUAAGGCUCUGGCAGAGAAAGCAGAGGAUAAUGAUAUUAAGCGACUGGAGAAAACCUUGGUAGACCGGGAGAGGGUCAAUGGAGAAAUCAGUUCGGCUCGGCGACGCCUCGCUCAACCCUCGGGUGCGGCCACUCGCCAUAGACAGGAGACGGAGUUGAAGCGGCUGGAAAUGCGCAAGGCGGACUUGGGGAAGGAUCUCAAGGACAUCCAAGAUCGGAUUGAUGCACGUCGAGAGUCACAAGAAUCGGCCCAAGCAUCGCAUGGAUCGGGUCGGCUGCCGAACGAAUCCCGUCGGGACUACCUACUGCGCACUGGAAAGAUCACCCCAUUUGCGCUCAUGAACGAGGGCUCCCGAGAUGGUCCGCUCGCCAACCUACAAGAUGCGCUUAUCGAUACAGAAGAUCAGCAGAAUGAAGCGGAAGAACGGGAACAAGCCAAGAAUUUGCCCACUGCUUCACACCGAGACCUAGCACGCCCGGACUUCGACUUCGAGGCACCCCCACCCGUUCCCGCACCCGCACCCGCACCCACACCUUCGGCCAAGAAGCGCCGCAAGGUGGAACCUCAAAGCUCCCCAGCCGACUCGUCCGCUAGCUAUGUCGCCACUGACGACGCCGACGCCGGGGCUACGUCGGAAGAUGAAGAUUUCAUGCCCGACACUCUUCCUGAGAAGCCAAGUCGCAAGCGCAAACCGGCAAAAGGGAAGUCGAACGAUCAGCUUGAAGACCUAAGUGGAGUGGAUGAUGGAAACGAGACUGUCUAUCAGACUCGGCUUCAGGAAUGGAUUACUCGACGAAGCACUGCGCGACGACAUGCUGCAACUGAUGGUUCGGUCGACGCUGAUUCGCCUGAAAAGGAUGAAUGGCUCAAACCCCACCCUACCGAACCCGCUAUGGAACUCGAAAACGGUCUGCGCGUUCCCGGGGACAUCAGUCGCUUCCUAUUUCCUUACCAAAAGAUCGGUGUUCAAUGGCUUUGGGAAUUGCAUCAGCAAUCUGUUGGUGGGAUCAUCGGCGAUGAGAUGGGACUGGGAAAGACCAUCCAAGCAAUCGCUUACCUAGCUUCCCUCCAUCACAGCCAGAAGCUCACCAAGCCGGCUAUCAUUGUUUGCCCCGCAACCCUCAUGAAACAGUGGGUUAAUGAGUUCCACCGGUGGUGGCCAGCCUUCCGCGUGUCCAUCCUUCACUCGUCUGGAAGUGGAAUGAUCAACCUUGGCAAAGAAAGCAGUCGCGAGAAUGCCCUCACUUCAGAAAUGUUUGGCAGUCAGAGCUCUCGACACCUAUCUGCUGGCCAGAAGGCCGCCAAACGGAUCAUCAAGCGGGUCAACGAGGAAGGCCAUAUCCUUGUGACUACAUACUCCGGACUUCAAUCUUAUGCAGACGCUCUAGUUGAUGUCGAUUGGGAUUGUGCUAUUCUCGACGAGGGUCAUAAGAUCCGCAACCCGGAUGCCGGUAUCACAUUCAGUUGCAAAGAGCUUCGCACACCCCACCGCAUUAUCCUUUCUGGAACACCAAUGCAAAACAGUCUGGUGGAUCUCUGGUCCCUAUUCGAUUUCGUGUUCCCCAUGCGCCUGGGUAACCUGGUCAAUUUCAAAAACCAGUUUGAGAACCCCAUUCGCCAGGGUGGCUAUGCAUCUGCUACCAACCUCCAGGUGCAGACAGCAGCCAAAUGCGCUGAAACCCUCAAAGACGCCAUCAGUCCAUACCUGCUCCAGCGGUUCAAGGCCGAUGUGACAUCCGACCUGCCGCAGAAGAGUGAGCAGGUGAUUUUCUGCAAGUUGAGUCAGCUCCAGCGAACCAUUUACAGAAGGUUCCUCCGCUCUGAUGACAUGGCUUCCAUUGCCCGGGGCAAAAGGAACUCCUUGUUUGGAAUUGAUAUCCUGCGCAAGAUCUGCAACCAUCCCGACCUGGCAGACCAUACACUGCGGUCUCAGGAUCCAGACUAUGGUAGCAGUGAGCGAUCGGGCAAGAUGCAAGUGCUGAAAGAAUUGCUUGAGGUCUGGAGAGACACCGGCCACAAAACCUUGCUCUUUUCCCAGGGUCGUCUCACCCUUGACAUUAUCGAGAAAUUCAUCCAGAUGCUGGGUGGUUUCAACUACCGCCGCAUGGAUGGCACUACACCAAUCAAGGAACGCCAGACCAUGGUCGAUACAUUUAACAACGACCCUGAUAUCCAUGUCUUUCUGCUCACCACACGCGUGGGUGGAAUUGGGGUGAAUUUGACAGGUGCUGACCGUGUCAUUAUCUACGAUCCAGACUGGAACCCAUCCACUGACUUGCAGGCGCGCGAGCGUGCAUGGCGGCUAGGUCAAAAGCGCGAUGUCACCAUCUUCCGCUUGAUGACCAAGGGCACAAUAGAAGAGAAGAUCUACCACCGUCAGAUCUUCAAGCAAUUCUUGACCAAUAAGAUUACUCGUGACCCUCACCAGCGGGAGGGUUUCCAGCUCAGUGAUCUCUACGAUCUGUUCACCCUUGAAGAGGAGGACGACAAGGACUUGGAGACGACCAAACUCUUCAAGAAUGCCGAAGUCACUUACCAGGAAGAGGGCAAGGAACCUGGCAAGGGAUCCCCCAAGGGGAAAUCCCCAAUCAAGGCCAAAGAAGAAGACCUCAACGAUGUGAAGGGCAUUGUCAACGUUGAAGAGUUCAAGAAUAGCGAGGAAGAGGACAAAAACGCCAAGAGCUCCGAAGACCGCAUCAUGCAUGGAAUCUUCGCUCGAUCAGGCGUCCACUCCGCCCUCCAGCACGACCAAAUCGUCAACGGCAAGCGGGUCAUUCGUGCCGAUCCCAAGCUCAUCGAAGCUGAAGCCCGACGCAUCGCCAACGAAGCCGCCGAAGAACUACGCAAAGCCGAACAAACCGCCCGUUCCGUCCCCAUCGAGCUCCCCACCUGGACCGGCCAAUUUGGCAUGGGUGGCCGACCUCAAGCCGGCAGCACCGCCCGACCUGUCGGUGGCCCUUCGUCCAGCAGUCUGCUGGCAAGACUCAACCCCGCCGCUGCGCCGGCUGAGGUCGGCUAUUCCUCCACCCGGAUGCCUCGUGGCAAAGACUUCAUGCCCCUGAUCCGGGAUUAUCUCGCUGCGCGCCGCGGGCCCACUGUUACCCAGAUGAUUGUUGAUCAUUUCAAUCAUUACUGUACCAAUCCGCAGCGGGUCGCGGAGUUCCAGGAGAUGUUGAAGAAGGUGGCCACGCUGAAGCAUGGCCGGGAUGGCCGGGGGCGAUGGACCCUCAAGCCCGAGUUCGCUAAAGAUAGCGCUCGGGAGUGA